AUGGCUUCCGUACCACGCAAAAAGUGGUAUCACAUCAAGUGGUUUGCCGACGAGGAUAGCAAGGAGGAGAGGAAGCUCAUCCUCAAACUUGAUCUCCUGCUCGUUCCAUAUGCAUUCCUGGCUUAUUGGACCAAGUACAUGGAUCAGUCCAAUAUCAACAAUGCAUAUGUUUCGGGUCUUUCGGAAGACUUGAAACUCCAUGGAAAUGAGCUUGUGCGCCUGCAGACGAUGUAUAUCAUUGGCGCCGUGCUGGGACAAAUUCCUUUCGCGUACCUCUUCACUCGAUCUCCAAUGUCCUGGGUCAUUCCGGCAUUGGAUAUCAUGUGGGGCAUCUUUACCUUGCUGCAGUAUCGGGUGACCUCGUUUGGAGAGCUGAUGGCCUACCGAUUUCUUGUUGGAUGGUUUGAGGCGGCAUUCUUUCCGGGAAUGCACUACAUUUUCGGAUCAUGGUACCGUGCCGACGAAAUUGGUCGCCGCGGCGGCUGCUUCUACGUUGGACUCACUCUGGGAACGUUGACAGCGAGCUUGAUCCAAGCCGGCACGUCUGCAAGGCUUGAUGGAGUCCAUGGUCUGGCCGGGUGGCGAUGGAUGUACAUCAUCUGUGCGAUCAUCACUAUUCCUAUCGGUUUGCUCGGCUACCUUGUUCUACCCGGAACCCCCGACAAGCCGAAUCGAUUGGUCCUCAAACAGGAAGAUAUCGAUCUAGCGAAAAAGCGGCUCGAGAGAGCCGGGCAUGGCAUUCAAGGAAGCUUCACCCUCAAAUCUCUUCUGAAUAUAGCCCGCAACUGGAAGUUCUGGGCGCUGCUUUGGCUGGAUAUCUUCUUCUGGAACGGAAGCGUGAACACCACGACAGGAGGCUAUCUCUUGUGGUUGAAGAGUCUGAAGAAAUUCUCGACCAGCCGAAUCAACGAGCUGAAUGCGAUCUCACCGGCGUUGGGAAUCUUCUACACGCUCUUCAUCUGUUUCUCGUCCGACCUGUUGUUCGGUCCUGCGUGGGCCAUCGCCAUUUCCCACACGUGGAACAUUAUCGGUCUGGUCAUUCUCGUGAUCUGGGAUGUUCCCCAGUCCGCACUGUGGUUCGCCUUUUCGACCACGUAUUCUGCCGUCGCCAUGUCCAGUGUCCUCUACGGGUGGGUGAACAGCGAGCUGCGGUUUUCACCGGUGGAACGAGCGGUCGCUCUGAUCAUCCUGAACACUGUUUCCCAGUCGACCACUGCGUGGACGCCGUUGCUGGUGUUCAAGACCGUCGAGGCGCCCCGGUUCACCAAGGGCUACUCGUUCGUUCUCGGCAAUGCCAUUUGCUUGAUUAUACUGGCCCAUGUCACCCAGUUCUUUAUCAAGCGCGAGAAGAGAAACGCGAAGAGAGCAGAUGGCCUGUCCGAGACAAGUGACUCGGACGACCCGAGGGAUGUCGAGCCUGGCGACCGAACGACCUUACAAGUGUCUGGGGAAAAGUAG